AACCCAGCCACAUUUAUGUGUAGUUAUAGUUAAAUUCAACGAGUGAGCAAAGCCAGUUUAUCUUCAUAAAUCAAACGCGAAAAGAAAACGUUGCACAUGCAGCAUCGGUUUUAGAGGGAGAUCCAGAGCUGACUGUAAUGUAACAUGCAUGCGUUCAUUCCUGUUAUGCAGUGCAACAUUUAAUAGUCGCGUGGCGCAAUGUGAUGAAAAGGCAAUAUACAAAAUUGACUGUAUAGUGUCAAUAUGUCUAAUGUAGUCUUUGCUGGCUAUACGAACAACGCAACCAUUGUUGUAUUCACGAUUUAAUGACUUAUGUCGGUCGGUCCUCCUAAUAAUGGUAUAUUUGCUGCAGUAAAUGAACAUUAUCGAAUGGGAAAUCGCUUGUAUUGCAGCUGUGCGUAAUGCACCAUAUCUUGAAGAACCGUUUUAAUGUAUGCAGCUCGCUAGAAAACGACUUUCUGGCGCAAUUUUCAUGGUCACCUAGUGAUGGUGCCCAUACCAAUUAACGUUUCAGCUUGAGUGGGGGAAAAAAUCAGACACCUGCAGACGAUUCCUACAUCAUGCUUGAAGGAGAUGCUAAGAGCCAAGAAACUAACUCAGAAGAGGCAGAAAGCAAUGACCAUGUUUUAUUGAAGAGAGAAAUGGGAAAUUUAAUUUCCAAAGGUCUGCCUUUAAGAUCCCAGGACAGGGAAGUAGAGAAACCUUCACCUGCAGCCAUUGAUUCUCUACCUGAGUGCUUACCCUCCAAAGAAGAGAGAGAAAAAGUCUCCUGUGAAACAGAUGGAAAUAAAUCUCCAGAACAGUUAAACACUGCCAAGGAAGGUGACAUGGAUAUAAAAAAAUAUCCCAGUGAACCAAAAGGUGAUUCCAGCGCCACAGAUAAUGAGGCAACGUUAAGAAAACCAGAAAAAGAGUCUGAAAAUAACCAAGACCGGCCUUCAACACUCCAUACGUCUAUGGAAGAUCAGAAGACCACUUUAGAAAAGGAAGUUGACUUAGCUAGUGAUAUAUCCUGUCCUAAUGCAUCUGCUGAUAGCCAAUGCAAAGAAGAUUCUGACCAAAAAAUCCAUGAAGAUACUGCAGAUGAUAAAGUUUCUGACAUUGCAAAUCAAGGGGCCUCACAUGUUACACCCUUAAAUGCCCAUGCAGACCAUUCCAUGGAAGAAACAACCUCAAAGAAUGUAUCCCCUAUCUCACAAGGGACUACUUCAGAGCAGGACAACCAGAAAUCUUUGAGUGAAGGAAGUGCAGAUGAUAGCACCAUGGAAAUCAACCAACACAAAUCUGCAUGUACUAACCAUUCUCGGGGACGGCCGCGUAAACAAAAACAGGUUAUCAAGUGUGAGGACUGUGGCCGCCAGUUCGCUCAUUCCUCAGCAUAUAUCAUUCACCGGCGCGUCCACACGGGUGAAAAGCCCUUCGUGUGCCAGGACUGUGACAAAGCUUUCGCUCAACUCUCCAACCUUCGGUCUCACGCUAGAGUCCAUAAAAAUAAAAGACGGAAACACAGACAACAAAGCAGAGCCGCUACAGAGAACGCGACCCAAGCGAGUGUGACUGACAAAGAGGAAAAAGACUGCAGUAAUCAAAUCGUUUCUUUUAAAAGGAGGAGAGGGAGAGGAAAAGCGAGACGAAAAGUCAGAGGGAAAGCCCACGCUUGUCCAAUAUGCAACAAGGUCUUUUCCUUCAAAUCUGUCCUUAAAAUACACCUUCGAAUUCACAGUGGAGAAAAACCGUAUUCGUGCAAUGUGUGCGGCAAAUCCUUUACCCAGGCGUGUACUGCCCGCGUCCAUGAGAAAGUGCAUUGGCACAUCAAGCCGUACCUUUGUUCAAAAUGCAAUAAGGGAUUUUCUCAGAUAGGACCACUAAAAGUACACACCUGUGAGGGUAAAAAACAACAACACACAACCGUUAAAGAAAUGGAGUUGGCUGGUGUUGUAUCCUACAGGUGUCACUUUUGCAAAAAUAGCUUUGGCACAAGAGAUGAGUAUGAAUUACAUUUGCAAGGACAUACGGAUACCCAGCGUUACAGGUGUGACCGUUGCGGUCAGAGGUUCAAUCUUCAGUCUGAGCUGAACACACACGGCAAGCAUUGUGUUGACAUGCGGCUCACAAAAACAAAGGCUUCCAGGUCCAAUUCAUCUCUAAGGUUACAACCCAAAACCCCUCAGUUGCCAAAAACAACACGAAGUGCAAGUCCAAAGCUGUUUCUUUCAGUAAAAUCUCCCACCACUACCCGGAAAGAUAUUUCCCUGCCAAAAACAAAGGCUUCCAGGUCCAAUUCAUCUCAAAGGUUACAACCCAAAAACCCUCAGACACCAAAAACAACACGAAGUGCAAGUCCAAAACUGUUUCUUUCAGUAAAAUCUCCCACCACUACCUGGAAAGAUAUUUCCCUACCAAAAAAGGUUAAAAGAUACUCUUCAUUACUGGCUUGCCCUCCUAAGGUCAUGGUUUCAUCUGAUCGUGACCUGCAGAAUAACCUCUAUCCCAGUCAGCCAAUCAAAUUUAGCUAUUUUGUAUCGCAGUUCAACAGCAUCGGCCACAAAGGAGACCCAAGAAAGUACUUCUGUCCGCAGUGUGGACGAAUGUUUGGGCACGUAGGAAGGCUGAGAGCCCACAUGCUUACCCAUGCACGGGGUCAAAGCUUCACUUGUGCUGACUGUAACAGGACUUUUAAAACCUGGAAUAAAUUUUGGAUUCAUCAGCGGCUUCAUAGACAGAAAAGAGGGCGUUUCUUUUGUCCCAAGUGCGGUCAGGGAUUUCGAUUUGUGGGCUUGUACAAGGAGCAUUUGCAAAAACACCCCGAGCUUAAUGCGCACGCCUGUCCGUUCUGUCCUCGCACUUUCCCGACUGCACAACGUCUGAGAAAUCACCAGCAGGAGUGGCAUCGGUCGAGUAUGCCUUACAUUUGUGAUAUUUGUGGAAAAGGUUUUGCAAGUGCGGACAUGCUUAAGCGACACAACGUUGUUCACUAUACAAACAGCCAAAUGGAGACGCAUUUCAAUGUGGAUAUGCAGCCCAGUGUGCGUCCCUACGAAUGUGCUACAUGCAGUGCCAGUUUUGAGAACCUGGACUCUCUUUUCCAACAUCAGUUCAGCCACACCUCUGAUAAUAAAGAAGCAAGGCAAGGCAAGAGUCUGUGGAAGCAGCGAGAUGCAAAAGAUGAUCAUUCUUACAUGCAGUCAAAUCUAUCUCUCUACAGCCGUCACAACCGUGACUAUUCGUCCGGCCAAUAUGCUGAUCAGACAGCAGACGUACGUGCAGGAAUAUCACAAAAUUCAUCGCACCUUGGUUUCCAGCUACAGCGAAGAAUAAACGCAGAUACUCGGAGUCGCACUACAACAUUACCUCGUUUGCCAUCAAAUGCCCAUUCCAUUCCUGAUUAUCCGGCUGAUGACAUGGAAAUGGAUGAAAUGCCAGUACAUGCUAAUGACAAAUCUUUAUCAGUUCAAAAAUUAAAUGGUUCAAGGCAACCACCAUCUGGAAUAAAGACAGAGACAACCGUUGACUUAGUUUGCACAGAAUGCAGUGCUUGUUUUACUGACAUUCUGGCAUUGCAUAGUCAUUAUUUGGAACAUGCCAGAGGAGAUAUAUUGGUAUAGUGUUAAUAAAUAGUUGUAUAUUGUUCAUUUUUUGUUAAUUGUAGGUUUUGUAUAUGGAAGUCCCAUAUUUCAUCAUUUGAAAAAUGUGGUAGUCAUGUGAUGUAAACAUUGCUGAUGUUCUUUAUAAACAAACCAUCUUUAAGAUAGAUCUUAAAACAUUUGGACUAGGCUUUGUUUUGUAAUUGACUUAUCUGAAGAUGUUGCUAUUAAGAAAUUAAAGUCUUGACUGAUGUUCAAAA